ACGUCUGCUGAUGUGGUGAAUACGGAGCUUUCCGGUAUGAACUGUCUGUAUGCCGUCUGUCUGUGGGAUUGACAAAACCAAUGGAUUUUAUGAGAGUGAUCGGAAAGAUUUAGAUUUAAUAAGGUAUACAUGCGUUCUGCUCUGAAAUAUGAAUAGGAACUGAUAAUGUUUUUGUAUCAUGGAAACUGUGUGACUGAGAGGGUUGUGUUUGUGGAGGGUCGAGGGGAAGUAGAAACUACUGAAUGUGAAACUGUGUGGAAUCUGAUGAUAAUUACUGUGAUGAUAAUACAAUGCUAAUCCAAUCCAUGUGAUAAGGAAAAGGAAAGCAGGAAUCUUGAGUCCUGUGUAACAUGCUAGAAGAACGUGCAGUUGUAAACAGACAGAUGGUGUCUCAAACAAGACUGUUUAUUAUGGAAGCAAAAUAUGAAUGAAUUAACUCAAAUAAAAAAACCACUGCCACACAUAACACUUUGACACUUGUCAGAGUCUGAAUUGGAAAUAAUUCCUGUUUGAGGCUGAAGUGUAGAUGUGUACCAGGAGGUGUAUUCCGAACAGACGUCCCAUAAGGAAGUAAAAUAAAGCAGAUAAACAACAUGGAAGAAGCACAAGAGUUUGACUAACGUUGAACUGGGAAGCUUUUCCUCAUUAUGCUCUGAGUAUGGUGUGGAUGGAAGAGUAAAGCCAACUUGGAUGCACCGAGCGAUGUGGUCAUUCUCGUGGUGAUGUAGACAGGCUUAGAGCACAAUCAAUGUAACUGCUGCACCAAGCUCUACUGUUACGUGAGACCAUUGUAUGGGUACUAUAGAUUCCCCGUUUCUCUACAGCCAGAUGAUAAACUAAACUCACUGGAUUCCACCAGACAUGUCGGCCAUUUCAUGGAUGCCGAGGACCUAUGGGAAGAUAAUACAACGUCGGAUCCCGAAGAAGAUGUCGGCCGCAUCAUGCUUCCACAAAGGGAUUUCCCGCCUCCACGCUGAGGAGCUGUUGAUGAGGGCUCGGGACGACGGCUCCUUCUUGCUGCGAGACAGUGAAUCUCUAGCUGGGGCCUAUGUGCUGUGCUUGCUAUACCAGUCUCGAGUACACCAGUACAGGAUCUUGCCCGACAAGGAUGGACGGCUGUUUGUUCAGUCUGAAGGCAGCGUGGAAGCUGUGCGUUUCAACGACAUUGAGGAUCUGAUCCAGGGCUACAUGGUCAGGGGGGAUCAGAAUGGUCUGGUGUGUGCCCUACGGAAGCCGGUACCAACAGAUCGGCCUGAGACUGGAGAACCAGAGUCAGAUGAAGAAGAGAUACUUGAUGGCUUCUGUGUUCCGUCCGCUCCGUAUCUCCCAGAGGAGGUCGCUAGCAGCAGCGACAGACAUGUCACAAAAACUUUCAAAUAUGGCUUCCUCAGCAACUUCGCAAGACUGGAUCUUUCCUGCUGUGAUGGAGAGUUUGUCGAUGGCAUCAAGAAGUACAUUGACAGUGGAAUGGAGAAGGACUCCUCUCUCUACCGAGCUGGGGACGACAUGAUGCCUGAGUUCCAACAGCUUUUGGAGAUUGCUGGCAAAGGUCUACAAAGGGAGAUGGAUGCCUUCCUGCUGAAGCUGUCACUGUGUAAGGAUCUGCUGACUCAAGAUGAGGAUGAUCGUUCUCGAAACUCGGGAUUAACCUUGAAUGGGGUCGCCAUGACGUACAUCACCUUCCUGGCAGACAAGCUCCAGAACUGUCACGGACAAGUCCUCAAACUGGAAGAGAAGGCCCACGAGGUGGUGAAGCAGCUCCCCGACAGCAGCUACGACUACCUGGACCCUGACGAGAUGAGGGAGCUCACUGGGGCGUUGCAGCAGAUGCCGUCGCCCAUGUCCUCCCUCUCUAUACCACUGUCAUCCUUUGAGGUACGGUCGUCCAAGGCGGGAAAAUUCACCAGCAAGGUGACGUUGAACGUGGACAUUCGGCAAGGCCGGUUCUAUGCUGUGAAACCCUCAAAAGACUUCCUGGAUUCAAGCAACACCUUCACACAUGACAGAAUUCUUCAGCUUGUGAAAAGCACGUCAGACAAUAGUCGUCUGGAUGUGAUCAUCGAGGGCAAGAAGAAGACGUCCUACAUGUUCGAGAACGCUCAUGCCAGAGAGAACUUCUGCCUCCAGAUCCGACACAUGAAGAGCUUACAUUCCAAGGAAGAGAAGGUGGACCAAAUUUCAGUGUUCAUUGGGACGUGGAAUAUGGGGAAGUCGGCGCCCGACCACACACUGAAGCACUGGCUGAAGUGUAACGGGGAAGGCAAGUCUCUGGAUCGCACACUGUCACGCAUUCCACACGACAUCUACGUGAUUGGCACACAGGAGAGUGCUCUCAACGACAAGGACUGGGUCAACACACUGAAGGCGUCGCUGAAGGCCACGCUGAUGGUCGACGUGGAGAUGCUGGAGAUGUGCAACUUGUGGGGCAUCCGAGUGGUCGUCCUGAUCAACCCACAACACCGGCACUGCAUCUCCCACGUACAGAAGUCCUCCGUCAAGACAGGCAUCGCUAAUGCUCUUGGCAACAAGGGAGCUUCAGCUGUUUCAUUCCAGUUCAACGGUACUAGUAUCUGUUUCAUCAACGCACAUCUGACUUCAGGGGACGAGAGGUUGCACAGGAGAAACCAGAACUACAGAGACAUCCUGAAGGGGUUGUCACUCGGGCCAAAGAGUUUCGAAGGAUUUGACGUGUCGCACAAAUUCCAUCACGUUUUCUUCUUCGGAGAUCUCAACUACAGAAUUGUAGAGAAAGUAGAUGUUGUGCUGAAGAGAGCAGAAGACCGAGAUAUUCCAUUCCUUUUGGACAGAGACCAACUGAGGAAGACACAGUUUGAUAAAGAUGCAUUCUUCAACUUCAAUGAGAGCGAGAUCAACUUCAUGCCGACCUACCGUCUGUACCGAGGGAAGCCGGGCUACAAGUACGACUGGAAGAAGGUCAAGAAAACAGGGGAAAGGAUCAACGUGCCAUCUUGGUGUGACAGAGUACUGUGGCAUUCCUACCCAGGGACCUUCAUCGAGAACAACGCAUAUGGAAGUGUGGAGAAUCUGCUGAACAGUGAUCACCGACCUGUGUUUGCGUCCUUCACGGUUGGGAUAGCGUCGCAGUUCGUACACAGUCAGGCCAUGCUCACCGAGAACUCCAGCAUCAGAAUCCUCUUCAACAGAAUAGAGGCUCAGGUGAGGACGUGUGUGCGACAACAUUUCAUCUUGGAGUUCUAUUCCAGUUGUUUGUCCGACAUCAUCUGCUGCGAAUCCAAUGUGAAGUUUAUCGAGAGCAAGAGCAGCUUCUACUGCUGUCCAGAAUGGCAUGCUGACCAACUACCCAUGUUGCGGCCAAUGUUUGGAGACCGGGACUAUCUGGAGGAGCAGCACAUCCUGAUAGCUGUCCGUGGAUGUGAUGACGAUGAUGAGUCUUAUGGUGAGUGUGUGGUUUCUCUGAAGGAUCAGUUCUCACCAGACUUCCAGUGUUUCGAGUGUGUACUCACACACAAUGGAGAGGAGACGGGGAAACUCAGGGGUGAGAUGCGUGUGUCUAUGGGAGGCAAGUACAGAGUCGGCAAGUCCAGGAAGACAUAUGAAAUCGUUGCCUUGGAUACGGAAUACCAAGAUCCUGAAGACAUUCAUCCCUCCACUCCACGACAAGGAGGACACCAACCUGUUGCCAUGUCAUCAUCUGUUGGAAUCCAGUUGCCUAGCAACGGACAUUCGUCACCUGCUCGUCAGACAAGAUACAGCAGUGACGAGGUGUUGCUUCGUCUGGGCCAAGAGAGUUCGAGCCCGGAACUAGGGUGGCCCUUGAACCCUAGCAAUGGCCGACAGGCCGCAUCUCCAAGACGUAAACCAAUCAUGGGCCAGUCAGUGCUUCAAGCGUCUGCCUCUCAAAGACAGGUCAUGCCUGUUGUGUCGACAUCACAACUUCCUGCCAACAUACGUCCAAGUGAAUCUGUCCCAUCAUGCCUCAGUGGUGUGGGAACUGCACCGCCAGUGACGAUGCCUCGACCUGCCGAGUUGGGUCGGAAACAUGACGUCAAGAUGGACACUCCACCGCCACCUCUCCCAAAGAAACAACGACCAACAUCGAGCGACAAGAACUAUGACGGACUUGCCAAGCCUACCUCAGUGCAAGAAUGGCUGACAGGGCUUGGUCUCGAGGAAUACAUUGUGUUGUUUCUAAAGUCUGGCUGGGACUCGAUCUCCAGACUCCCCAAUCUCACAGCCCCGGGACUUUUACGCAUGGGCAUUCAAAAUCCCGCGCACUGGAACAGAAUGAUCACAAGCAUUCAGGAGAUAAACUUCACAUAGCAGCAGGUGUUGUUGCAAAUUUGCUACCCAUGAAAUAAAUUACCCCCCCCACCCCCCUGACAUAUCCAAGGUUUGAGACUGUCAUUCCACAGUACAUCAUCAUGAGUGAACGCUGCUAAUGCCAUUUACUGUGCUAAUGCCAUUUACCACGAGUGUUUUAUGGAGAUAUCGAGGAACAUUUAUAUUUUAAAAAAGAAACCAUAUAUUUUCCCCAGUAUAUAUUUCCUUUGUCCAUUUGGUAUGAAAAUAAAGAAAUAAAAUUUUUUGAAUAUAUUUCUAAUAAAAAUGAAAAUAAAAGUUCUAAAAUUAAUGUUAAGAAAGAAAUGUUCAAUAAAAGCAUAUUCUCAUUUAAACUCAUAAAAGAAAACUUAUGCUAAUAUUU